AUGAUGACGGCCGAGAAUUGGUUGGCUCGGUUUGAACUUAUCGAUGCUUUCAAACGUCAUAUCGAGAAUAAUCUCUCUCCCUAUCACCUUUCCUAUGCGGAUGGAUUGGGCGGUGAUGUAGAGCUUCUCCAAGCAGCUGCAGAAUUCUUCAAUCGAUACUUUCAUCCUCAUAAUCCCGUCAAAUCGCAACACAUUGUGACGGGGGCGGGAUGCAGCUCUCUAUUGGAAGCUGUUCUGUAUGAUGUCUGUGAACCUGGAGAUGGGGUGUUGAUUGAGACGCCAUUCUGGGGUGGGUUUGAAACCACUUUUGUGCUUCGUGCAAAAGUCCAAGCCGUCCAUGUUCAAGUGCCUUCAGACCAGUCUGUCCGAGAUGUGGAUAUCUCGUCAUAUAUCUCCGCCUAUGAGACAGCCAUGGCUAAUGCAAAGUGCACGAUAAAGGCAAUACUGUUCUGCAACCCACAUAACCCGCGAGGCAGUCUCUAUUCAAGGACUUUGAUAGAAGCUCUGUUGAAGUUUGCCGAACGAAAAAAUCUUUACUUUCUUUCGGAUGAGAUUUAUGCGUUAAAUGGAUCUGGCUCAACUGGAAGUGCUCCCAGCAAGGCAACUACAGCACUGUUGCGAGAUGAGGAGGAAAUACUGGAUCAAAUUUUUGAAAAUAGCCGCCUGCAGCUAUGGAGGGCCUCGCGAAUCGCGGUGGAGUUCCUGUCAUUCCAUAAAAUUCCCUUCUACCCACCUAUCGCCGGCGUGUACAUCUGGGCUCGUCUGGGGUACUUGGAAGACACCUGGGCUGGCGAAGCGGACCUGAAUGACAAGAUCGAGGCGGCAGGGGUUUCGGUUGGCGCAGGACGUGGCUACAAUGAAGUGCAACCAGGAUGGUUCCGGAUUACCUUCGCCCUUCCGGAAACUGAACUUCUGGAAGGUCUGAGGAGAAUUGAAGAUGUGAUAGGCUCGGGACACAAGUGGCAAAGGAGGAGAAUGAAUUCAUUGAAGCAAGGUCAAGAUUUUAUACAAAAGGGGAAGAUAUCUUUUGCAAGAUCAUGGGUUGUUUUGCCUUUGAGCCAGUUAAAAUACAAGCUCUACGGGAGAUUGAAAAAUAUUCUACUAAAGCUAGAGCAGAUCCCUUGCUAA